AUGGAUUAUUUUAAUAAUAAUAAUAAUAAUAAUAAUAUAGAAAUUAUAGAUUAUAAUCAAUGUUACCAUCAAGAUUUAAAGAAACUUUCAUAUGAAUGGUUGGAAAAAUAUGUUUCAGUUGAACCUCUUGAUGAAGAGAUUUUAAAUAAUCCAAAAGAAAUGAUAUUAGAUGGUGGUGGCUUUAUAUUUAUGUCAAAAUAUAACGAUGAAAUAGUUGGUACGGUGUCUCUUAUUAGAAUCGAUGAUGAAACAUUUGAAUUGGCCAAAUUGGCAGUCACAGAGAAAUAUCAAGGUUUAAAAUUAGGCCAACGUUUAAUGCAGCGCUGUAUAAAUAAAGCUAAGGAAACAAAUACUAAAAAAGUAAUUUUAUAUACCAACUUAAAACUAUCUGCAGCAAUUGGUCUCUAUAAAAAGUUUGGAUUUGUUGAAAUACCGCUAAAUAAUAAUAAAUAUAUAGAAUCUGAUUUAAAAAUGGAACUACAACUAAAUUAA